UGGAGACAGAAUUCUUCGAAGCUGACAAUAUUCUCUGCCAUGGGUGCUCAAGUUUUGCUCUGUUUUACCGCUUUCCUUGUGAUUUUUGUGUCGCUGGAAAGCGUUUAUGCCCGUCCAUCAGAUGCAAAAAACGUCACUGAUUUCGAUUCGGGUAAAGUGAUCGUUAAAGGCAAUUACAAUGCUGUGAACCUGUACCCCGAAAAAGACGUGAAAACGGCUUUAAGUCAGCUGCAAAAGAAGCUAGAAUCAUUGGAAGGAAGGAUAGAUGCCCUGGAGAAAUUUAAACCAGCGUGCAAGUUCGACUUUGAAGACGGAAUCCACGGUUGGGAUAAGACUGGAACAGCGUUUAACAACCAGCCGACCUAUGGUGAUAACCCU